AUGAUACUGCGGGUGCAGUCAUCAGAAGGCACAGCUCGCGUUGAGGUGCUGGACUCCGAUGUAACGUCACGAUUAUUCGAGCGUGUCUAUGAGGCUCUACAUUUGAACACUUUUGGAUUUGCAUUGUAUAAAGAUCGUGCAAGAAAAGAAGAGAUUGUAUCGAGUAAAUCACGACAGUUACGAGAUUAUGGCUUGCAACAUGGAGACAUGUUGUAUUUAAGUCCUGUCAAUGGUGCGGUGCUCUUUGAACAGGCUUCCACUAGUGCUGAGAUUAAUAACAAGCCUUUUGGAGAGCCAGCACAGGCUGGUCCAUCCUCAGUGGAACCUUUAAACUCAGGAACAAAGACCACUGGUCCUGUAGAAGAUGAGGUAGACUUAGAGCUAUAUCGCCUCUCAGGAACUAUACAAAGACAGCGAGAUGAAAAAUUAUGUCGUCACAACUCUAAGGGCUGCUGUGUACACUGUUCUCCGUUAGAACCAUGGGAUGAGAACUAUCUCAAGGAACAUAACAUUAAGCACAUGUCCUUCCAUGCUUACCUGCGUAAGAUGACCUCAGGCAAAUUCAUCACGUUAGAUGAAUUGUCAUGCAAAAUAAAACCAGGCUGCAAGGAGCACCCGCCGUGGCCGCGCGGCAUCUGCUCGGCGUGCCAGCCCGGCGCCGUGACGCUGAACCGCCAGCGCUACCGGCACGUGGACAACGUGCUUUUGGAGCACGCGGCGCCCGUGGAGCGCUUCCUGGCCUACUGGCGCGCCACUGGCCACCAGCGCGUGGCCUUCCUGCUGGGCCGCUACGAGCACCACCCAGACGUACCGCUGGGCGUGCGAGCGCGCGUGGCCGCGCUGUACGAGCCGCCUCAGGAGUGCUCGCGCGACCGUGUGGCGCUGCGCCCCGACGCCGGCGCCGCGCUGGCGGCCGCGUUGGCGGCGCGCCUGGGCUUGCGCCGCGUGGGCUGGCUGUUCUCCGACCUGCUGCCGCUGGACCUGGCGCGCGGCACGGUGCGGCACCUGCGCGGCGUCGACACGCACUUCCUGUCCGCGCAGGAGUGCAUCAUGGCCGGCCACUUCCAGAACGAGCACCCCAACGCGUGCCGCCACGCCGCCGCCGGCCACUUCGGCUCCAAGUUCGUGACGGUGUGCGUGACGGGCGACAGCGGCCACCAGAUCCACCUGGAGGGCUACCAGGUGUCGGGGCAGUGCCAGGCGCUGGUGCGCGACGGCGUGCUGCUGCCCACGCGCGACGCGCCCGAUCUCGGCUACAUCCGCGACUGCACGCCGCAGCAGUUCGUGCCCGACGUCUACUACAAGGUACGUCACUACUCACUCCCCAUCAUGAGUUUACUUUGGUUA